GAGGGAGAAGAAAGGGGAGAGAGAGAGAGAGAGAGGAGCGAAAAAACGGGGAAAGGCAGAUUCAACAGAAACAGGGGGGAGGACGGUGGAUGAUUUUCGCCGUAAAAGUUGCAUUACAACCCAUUUAAGAGUUGCGGCCGAGAGGAAUAAAACAAGAUGAUAACGCCCUACUUCCUAGAGAAUUUCUGGGGGGACAAAAACAAUGGCUUCGACGUUCUCUACCACAACAUGAAGCACGGGCAGAUUUCCUCCAAGGAGCUGACGGACUUCAUCAGAGAAAGGAGCACUAUCGAAGAAGCCUACGCCCGGUCCAUGACCAAACUCGCCAAGUCCGCCGGCAACUUUUCUCAGCUCGGGACCUUCGCUCCGGUGUGGGAUGUGUUCAAGACCUCCACGGAGAAGCUGGCCAGCUGUCACAUGGAGCUUGUGAGGAAGCUGCAGGAGCUUAUAAAAGAGGUCCAGAAGUAUGUGGAGGAGCAGGCCAAAGCACACAAGAAGACUAAAGAAGAGGUGGCGUCCACCCUGGAGGCCGUGCAGAACAUCCAGACCACCUCUCAGGCCCUGCAGAAGUCCAAGGAGAUCUACAACGCCAAGACCGUGGAGCAGGAGCGCCUCCGCAAAGACGGGGCCACCCAGAGAGAUGUGGACAAGGCCGGAGUGAAAGCCAAAAAAGCCACGGAGACCUACAAGUCCUUCGUGGAGAAAUACGCUGCGGCCAAGUCGGAGUUUGAACAGAAGAUGGCAGAAACUGCUCAGAAAUUCCAAGACAUCGAAGAAAACCACAUCGUGCACAUGAAGGAGAUCAUCCGGUCGUACUCGCAGUCCGUCGACGAAACGCACAUCCAAAUAGGAGAGGUCCACACUGAAUUUGUGAGGAACAUUGAGAACACGUCGGUGGAGAGCUUAGUGCUCAAGCUGUCCGAGAGCAAAGGAACGGGCAAAGAGAGGCCAGGACCCAUUGAGUUCGAGGAGUGCAAUGCAGCCAUUGCUACUGAAGGUGCCAAACCCAGAAAGAGAAAACCAUUUGGAAUCCCCGGUCGAAGGAAAGACAAAGACACCGACUCCAUGGAGUCGACAGAAGUGGAAGCUGCUAACGCUGCCAACGGCGCUCACCCCGGCUACUACGGCGCCAUAGACAUCCAGAAUGCAAAUGUUCCUCAGGUGGACGCAGACGGUUUCUGUAUCCGACCGGAAGCAAACGAAAACGAUGCCAAAGAGAACUCCUUCUACUCGUCCAGCGACUCCGAGGACGACGAGGAGCCCCGCAGGUUCCACGUGGAGAUCAAGCCCGUCCAGCCCAACCACGGCCCCCCCCAGAACCGGGCCUCCAUCGACCAGCUCAAGGCCUCCAUCGGGAACAUCAUCCUGUCGCCCUCCGCCUCGGGUCAGAUGCGGAGGAACCAGUCCAGGAUCACCAGAGCUCCUGCGUUAAGCCCUGAGGGUCUCGGUGACGAGCUGGGAAAGGCCAGAGUGCCGACGCCAUUCGAACUGAGCAACAACGACCUUCUGUCUCUGGACCCGUUCGGCCCGACCCGCGCGGCAGGCUCCGCCUCCUCCCUGUCCUCAUCAGCAGACCUCGCCUCUGUCUUCCUUUCAAUCCCUCCAUCUCCACCUUUUCUGAUGAAUGAGCCCGACGUCUUUCUGCCUGAGGCAUCAGCUGAGUCGGUGACACAACGGGAACGCGCUCCUCCUCUGGCGGCGGCGAGCCGACAGUCCAAAGACGUCUCCUCUUUCUCCUCGUCCACGUCCUCGCCCCGGGACUCUCUGGACGACCCCUUCCAGGCGCCCCCGCCGGCGAGGGCCCGCAGCGCGCCCAUCACCGCGCCCGCCGACCCCGCGGGGACCCCCCCGAAGAGCGGCGGCUUCCCGCCCUGGUCCCAGAGCCAGUGGAUCGCCUUCGGCGAUAACUUGGCUCCGGCUCGCCGCUCGGGGCCCCCGGCCGGCUCCGGCAGGUCGUGCCGCUUCCUGUCCGCCGAGGAGCCCUGCGGGGGGGGCGCCGACCCCUGCUUCUCCGAGCUCUUCUGCGGGGCGUCAGAUAGGCCGAUGGCAGCAGCUCCAUCGAGCAAGGCAUUCAAUGUGCCGUUGCCACACCGGCCGACGACCCCGCUGACGGCCGGCGCCCUGGUGCCCCCCCCUCGACCCUCCUCCCGGCCCAAACUCCCCUCGGGAAAACUCACCGGCAUCACUGAGAUUGUGCGGCCGUUCAGCCCGCCCAAGACCUCCAACAGCGUCAGCCCUCCCCCCACUGCUCCUCUCGCCCGGGCGGAGAGCUCCUCCUCCUUGUCCUCCAACGCCUCGCUCGGCGCCGGCAACACCCCCACCAUCGAGGAAGACGUGUUCAUUGGGAAGCUGCCCACCUUUGAGAAGCGGUGUGAAACACCAGCAGGGACGUCUCGCGGUCCCAGCCCGGUGACCUUGGCCUCCCUGGACGCUUUGCCCAUUGCCGUGGCCUUCACAGAGUCGGUUAAUGCUUACUUCAAAGGAGCUGAUCCCACUAAGUGCAUCGUGAAGAUCACAGGGGACAUGACCUUGUCCUUCCCCAUGGGCAUCAUCAAGGUGUUCACCACCAACCCCUCCCCCGCCGUGCUCGCCUUCAAGCUGAGGAACACCAGCAGGUUGGAGCAGGUCCUACCCAACCAGCAGCUUCUGUUCAGUGAUCCCUCCCAAAGUGACUCAAACUCCAAGGACUUCUGGUUCAACAUGCAAGCGCUGACGUCCUACCUCAGGAAAUCUUCAGAACAGAAUCCUACCGCUUCCUAUUACAACGUGGACAUCCUAAAAUACCAGGUGCAGUCUGACGGGAUCCAUUCCACUCCUCUCAACCUGGCCGUGUACUGGAAGUGCACGGCCAGCGCGUCGGACCUGCGGGUGGACUACCGCUACAACCCGGAGUCCAUGUCCCCCCCCGGCCCGCUGUCCAACGUUCAGAUCUUGGUGCCCGUCGACGGGGGGGUCACCAACAUGCAGUCGCUGCCCCCCUCCAUCUGGAACCCGGAGCAGAACAAGAGUCUGUGGAAGCUGAGCGACAUCUCGGAGAAAUCUGAGAACGAAGGAGCCGGGUCCUUGAGGGCCAAGUUCGAGCUGUCGGACGGCCCGUCGACCCCUCAUCCCCCUGGCGGAUGCAGUUCAUGAGAGAGAGCAGCACCUCUGUCAGGGUUGAACAUGAAGCUAGCAGGGACCCAGCGUACAGACUCUCCCUCAUCAAGAAGACGUUUUGCACCG